AUGCCAGAAGUCGACGUUGGCAUCGUGGCCAAAUGGCUGCCCCGUUUAUUCUGCCUCCUUUCUUUCAUUUUCAAUCCUCUGCUAAUCUACCUUGUUGUCACCCAAAAUAAGUGCAAAAUCGGUCCUUAUCGGCAAUUUUUGGUAUGUUUCGCCUUAUUCGAUAUGACCUACUCAGCUGUCGACGUUCUUGUGGGAAUGGUGAGGGAAAUCAGGAGCAUUUUCUGUGUUAUUAUCAAUUUUCAGGCUUCCCAUCACUACAAAUAUUCUUUUUCAGUAUUUGUCAGUCAUGGACGUCUGGUUGAUGUGAGGGAAUUUUUUAUUCUUAUCAAAAUGAGAUUUUUCGAGCUUGUUAUAGUAUGAGUGCCCCGACUUGAAAUUUCUCCGAACGACAUUCCGCUAUUCCGCUGCGUGCGUUCUCGAAGCGUCUUCACGCUUUCAACUGAUUAUUAUCUCUGUGGGAGCACAUGAAAGCAGAGUACCUUGUUAAAAGAAAAACAUUAAAAGUGCGAACAAGGUUCGCAAAGCGCGCACCGGCACAGCGGAAUGUCGUUUGGUGAAAUUUCAAGUCGCGGUACACAAGCUAUAAUAGUUCUUUGACGACUGAUUAUAGAAAAAAAUUAAAAACAAGCUCUUAUCGAAAAAAAUCGAUAAAAAUCUUUUUUUCAAUUUUUUUCAUAGUUAUUUCUAUGAGGAAAAAAAUUGGAUAACUUAUUGAGUUUAUACUUCAGAACCCCACUGCCGGAAGAAUCGGCCUAAUAGUUCGAUGCUCUUUUGUCUGCCUAAGCUACGGUAUUCUCGAAAUACACUUCAUCUAUCGCUACAUCAUUCUGUGCAGGUUUUUCAUCGUAAUUUUCUUUUGCUAGAGAUUUUUCAGACCAAAACUGAUUCAUUGGUUCACUCAACCUUUGAACAUAGUCGGAUGGUUUCUUUUUUGGCUCUCUUUUGGUAUUUAUUGGGGGAUUGCCAUGUCUUUGGCCUAUUUGGACGAGGAGGACGUUGAAUAUCUUCGUGAAUCGUUCCGUGUCAGUUAUGAUGUCAAUAUUGAUGAUAUUGGGAUUCUUGGGAUUCGGUACAAGGUGAGUUUUCUUUGAAAGAAAAACGGACAAGAUAGGUUCAAAUAGACCGGAAAAUAAUUCUAAACCUCAAGGAGAAUUUGCAAAGAACUUGUAGACAUGUCUUGAAAUUGAAUAUUUCUCAAAGGGAAACUAAAAAAUAAUAUGUGUAGGACGAAAUAAAGCUCGAGUUCCAGGCGACUAACCUACAUACAAUCUUGAGGACAUGCACAGGAAUGUUAAUGGGAAACUCGAUUUCAGUAGCCGUUAUAAUAUCCUACUGUCUUAUGGGGCAAAAGGUAUGAUUUGAAUAAUUAUAACCCACUUUUCUCGUCUUGAAACGACUUUUGAAGUUAGUUUGCACAUCGGUUUCCAUGUGUUUUUAGGGUUCAUUUUGAAAUUGACUCAUUCUCGCAACUAUUUUAGGCUAUUUUUGUUUUCAUUCAAUAAAAAUAUAAUCGUGAUUCUUUCGUGACGUCAUUAAAAGCUAUAUUAAUAGUUUUCGAUGACGUCAUUCUUUCAUAGAUUCCUUCUUAAUGAUUUAACAACAAUGCCACACUGUUUGUGAAGUAUCUGAUAUUAAUCGAUUGUCAACAGGAAAAUAUAAAAUCAUUUAAAAGAGCUGCAAGUUUGAAAUCAGGUCGAUAAUGUAUUAUUUUUGAGAUAAACGAGCGUCUGAAAGUCUCCACAAUCAGCACGGCAGCCAAACGAAUUCAUCGUCAAUUAUUUAUUGCUCUAAUUGCUCAAACGGUAAUUCCAUUCGUGGUCAGCUUCUUGCCUUGUAUGUUUCUCUGGUACACACCUUUAUUUGGUGUCAGUCUGGGCAGGUGAUUUUCUUUUCAUCUCAAAAAAACAUGAACAUCUUACAGUUUCAACAACAUCUACACGAUCCCGAUGCUCAGCGCUUUCCCAUUUUGUGAUCCUAUAGCGAUAAUUGCGAUUUUCGCCGAAUAUCGGGCUUAUAUCUUAAGAAUCUUUGGAAUCAAGACAGCCGUGAAAAGAGUCCAAUUUUCAACUUCGCAACCAACUUCUUCGUUUCAGUCAGGAUCGAAAAGUCGCCUGACUGGUAUAAAAAAGGCAUUUUUUAGUCUUUUUUAGUUGUUAUUUUCGACUGAUUUUUCGUUUUUUGUACGUGCUAUGAGAUCUUCUGUCAAUAAAUAAUGACUUUCAAAAGCUAUUUUUAGUUCUCCUCGGCCUUUAAAAAGCAGAAAAAACUGUUUUUCACUAUUUCCAUCUUAUUGCUGGCUACAAAAAAACUGCUAGAGAACUUCCUAUGUUAAAAAAAAACUGAUAGUAAAACCUUUACAUUGUGGUUGUAUUCAUGAAAAAUAUACUUAUUGAAAUGGGAAGAUAGUUCAAGCGGCUCAGAAGAACAACAAGAAGCGGAUUUCCUUAUGCGUAAAUCUGUAAAUCUAUUGCAAAAUAUCCGGUUCUAACCACUCAAAUUUAACCUCGAACUAUCCAUUUUUGUUAAAUUUUGCUCCAAGAAAAUAAAAUCAACGAUCAUCCCGUAUAAUAAAAUAGCAAGCUCAUUUCGAGACUUUUGAGAAAGCAUGAUAAGCUAUUGAUCAAAGUACUGAAAUAAGCCAAAAGUCGUUUUUUUUUUUUUGAAAGUUUUCGUAUCAAAAAUCUUCAAUAUGUUUCGCGAAAGCUUUUUUUUGCGAUGAGUCAUUUUGAAGAGAAAAUUUGGUCUGCUUUCUCACGGUCAGAUGUCUCCAAAUUACACUUGAAGACUCACCGAAUACACUACUUAUUUCUCAUAUCAAAUGGCCGAAAUCGACGUUGGCUUCGUGGCCAAAUGGCUUCCCCGUUUAUUCUGCAUACUAUCUUUUAUGUUCAAUCCACUACUGAUCUACCUUGUCAUCACCCAAAAUAAGUGCAAGAUCGGUCCUUAUCGACAACUUUUGGUAUGUUUUGCUUUAUUCGACAUGACCUACUCAAUAGUCGACGUUCUAGUUGGGAUGGUGAGAAUUAUAAACUCUUUUUCCUCAUAAAAUGUCAAAACUCAGGCAUCCCACCAAUACGAAUCCUCUUAUUCUCUGUUCGUCAGCCAUGGACCUCUCUUUGAAGUAAGUUACAAAGAAAUGGUCACUUUUGUUUCUUCAGAACCCAGUUCUUGGCGAAAUCGGUGUAAUCAUCCGGUGUUCAUUCGUUGGUUUGAGCUACGGUAUUUUUGAAAUUCAUUUCAUUUAUCGCUACAUAGUUUUGUGCAGGUUUUAACUAAUUUUUUCGAAAAUUUUUUUUUUGAAAAACGUCCAUUCCAGACCUGAACUAACUCGAUGGUUCACUCGACCCCUUUACAUCUUUGGAUUGUUCCUUUUUUGGUUUACUUUCGGGAUAUAUUGGGUGAUCGGCUGUUCAUUGAUACGUAUCAGCAAAGAAGACCGAAAAUUUCUUCGUGAAACUUUUCUUCUCACUUAUAAUGUUGAAAUUAAUGAUGUUGGUCUCAUUGGGGUGAGAUACAAAGUGAGUUUUUUUUUUUGAUUAGGGCAGGAAGUGUAAAUCAAAGACGCAAUUCCAGGCCACUAACCCGACAACUAUUCUGAGAACGUGUAUAGCAAUGUCAAUGGCAAGCUUAAUAUCUGUAACCGUUAUCGUAUCGUACUGUGUCAUUGGUUACAAGGUACGGAAUUGAAUUCGUAAAUGUACUAGGAUAAAAUUGGAUAUGAUAAAUUUGUCUGUUUUUCAUGGUCAUGUUUUCAGAUAGACAACAGUCUGAAUAACUCCACAAUCAGCGCAGCUGCAAAAAGAGUCCAUCGGCAGUUAUUCCUGGCUUUAAUCGCCCAAACGGCAAUUCCACUUUUGGUCAGCUUCUUACCGUGUGUUAUCAUAUGGUAUACUCCAUUAUUCGGCGUGAACUUGGGCGGGUAA